AUUCCUGCAAAACACAGCAGUCGCUUUUCCCUUCGUUCUGGAAAAUCUCGAUCCGUUUCUAUACCGUUAGGGUUUUCGGCUUACUAAAGCUCCACAUAAUCCGUACCAUUUGUGGGAUCGAGCUCCGCUGAUCUUCAUCAUGAAGCUCACCGUAAAGACUCUUAAAGGGAGCCACUUUGAAAUUAGGGUUCAACCUUCCGACACUAUUAUGGCAGUCAAGAAAAACAUUGAAGAUGUACAAGGAAAAGAUAAUUAUCCAUGUGGGCAGCAGUUAUUGAUUCACAAUGGUAAGGUUCUAAAAGACGAAACUACAUUAUCAGAUAACAAAGUCUCAGAAGAAGGUUUUCUUGUUGUCAUGCUAAGCAAGACUAAAAGCUCUACCUCAGGUGUAACUUCAUCUACUCAGCCCCUUCAAACAACUGCAUCAGCUUCCAAUCCCACCAGUACAUCUUCUUCUAUCCCAGCAACAGCAACAGUAACACCACCUGCUGCACCACCUGUUAUUUCUGAUACAUAUGGUGAAGCUGCUUCAAAUGUAGUAGUCAACAAUAGUAGUGUUGACCAAACUGUUCAACACAUAAUGGACAUAGGAGGUGGGGUUUGGGAUAAGGAAACUGUUACUCGUGCACUACAAGCUGCUUACAAUAAUCCAGAACGAGCAAUUGAUUAUUUAUAUUCUGGUAUUCCAGAUACAGUUGAAGUUGCAGCUCCUAUGACACAACUCCCUACUACUCAUGUUGCACCUCUUUCUGGAGGACCUAAUUCAUCUCCUUUGAAUUUGUUUCCUCAGGAAAUGCCUUCAAGUGGUACAGGUGGCAAUCUUGGAUCCCUUGAUUUUCUUAGAAACAACCAACAGUUCCAAGCAUUGCGAACUAUGGUACAAUCAAAUCCACAAAUACUACAGCCUAUGCUUCAAGAGCUUGGAAAACAAAACCCUCAGCUUUUAGGACUAAUCCAAGAAAAUCAUGCUGAGUUUCUUCAACUAAUUAAUGAACCUGUAGAUGCUUCUGAAGGGGAUCUGUUUGAUCAACCGGAUCAGGAAAUGCCACAUGCUAUCAGUGUAACUCCAGAAGAACAGGAGGCGAUUGAACGGCUUGAGGCAAUGGGUUUUGAUAGAACUCUUGUUAUUGAGGCAUUUUUAGCAUGUGAUCGAAAUGAGGAAUUGGCAGCUAACUUUUUAUUGGAGAAUGCUGGUGAUUAUGAGGACUAAAUAGAGAUCACAAAUCUAUGUAUUCGGAAAGGUGAUUUUGACUUGGGAGGUUUUAUGAAACGCGACAGAGACCCAUUUUAGGUGGUGGUUUAUACAGUUUGGACGUUUAUUGUAUUGUCCAUGGAACUGAGGCUUUCUUUUUUCUUAUUUAUUUGCGUUGUUUUUUUUUUCUAUUUAAUUUAAUUUUAUACUUAUCCCAAAUAUGAAGGGAUGAACAGGAUUUUGUUUGUGCAUUUCAGUUGACUUGUGUGACCCUGAUUUUUUUUUUUUUUUUCGUGUCUG